AUGAUUUACGGCCAAUGUUGCAUGUUGAACGACAGCAUUCGCAUUAUCAUGUCAGUGGAUUUGAAUACAACAUAUCAAUUAUGCAACGUCGGAUUCCAAUACAAUGCUGUGCAUAAUCCACGCCGAGUUUUGACCAAGCCGAGCAAACCCUGUGGUAAUGAUGGUUUCGAUAAUGAGGAUUUUGAUUACAUUCUUUAUGUCAACGACAUUCUCGGAUCAACUGAAGGUCACAAAUACCUGAUCUUGGAUGUACUCGGCGCCGGUACGUUUGGUCAAGUGGUCAAAUGCAGGAACAUCAAGACACAGCAAAUAUUCGCUGUUAAAGUGGUUAAAAACAAAACAGCAUAUUUCAAACAAAGCAUGAUGGAGGUGGCAAUAUUAGAAAUGCUGAACCAACGACAUGAUCCAGACGAUCAGCACCACAUAUUACGACUGAAGGAUACUUUCAUCCACCAGAAACACCUGUGCCUGGUAUUUGAACUGCUUUCGGUCAAUCUGUAUGAGCUGAUCAAACAGAACCAGUUCCGAGGCUUGUCGACGAAUUUGGUCCGCGUGUUCACGGCUCAGAUAUUGGAUUCAUUGACAGUACUAAAUGAAGCACGGAUCAUUCAUUGCGAUUUGAAGCCUGAAAAUAUCCUAUUGAAAAAUUUGGAAUCGCCGACGAUCAAAGUAAUUGAUUUCGGCAGUGCUUGUCAUGAAGUUCAGACCAUGUACACAUACAUCCAGUCUCGGUUCUAUCGGUCACCCGAAGUUCUCGUCGGCUUGCCGUAUACGAGUGCGAUCGACAUGUGGUCUCUGGGUUGUAUUGCGACCGAGUUAUUCCUUGGUCUUCCGUUAUUCCCUGGUAGCUCGGAAUACAACCAAAUUUCUCGGAUUGUGGAGAUGCUGGGCGUACCUCCGAACUAUAUGCUUGAAAUGGGAAAGAAUGCCAGUCGGUAUUUUGAACGAUACAUGGACGAGAAUGGGGAGAAAAAGUACAAAUUGCGAUCACUGGAGCAAUACGCGCGAGAGCAGGGCAAGUCAGAGCAGCCAUCCAAGCGCUACUUUGCAGCACGUACGCUUCCGGACCUGAUCAACAACUACCCGAUCAUGCGCAAAGCAUCGAUGACGCCCAAGGAAAUCGAAAAGGAGAAGCAGAACCGUCUUGCGUUCAUAGACUUUUUGCAAGGUCUUUUGAAUCUCAACCAUUUUGAACGAUGGUCUCCCCAACAAGCCAAACUGCAUCCAUUCAUCACCGGUGAAGAGUUCACUGGCCAUUUCAAACCACCACCGUAUAUCCCACGCAAACAACCUCCUGUCAUGAAAAUACCUUCUUCCAUGCCAUCUUCUCUCCCUGUCAUCCACGACGAAUCCUCACCUUCUCCCCCUUCAGCAACAACACCAUCAACCGCGACAUCUUACACGAACUUUGCACCACCUCCACCAGUGCCUCCACCUGGUUAUCGUUCAACCGAUCAUCGUCAUUCUCAAACCCUGAUGUCCUCCCCUUAUUCAUCCAGCCUUCCCAACUAUUAUACACAAAAUUCUAUGCUAUUAUCAUCCAGCAGCAUGAUGCGUCAACAACAACAGCAACCGCAAGCACACCCACCACCAGCGCCACCACCUUCAUCAACACAAGCCGCUGCCGCUGCCGCAAUAGCAGUACCUCCACCUCCCCCACCACUUCAUGCAGAUACCGCGGACCGACCAUUCCUUCAUCAUCAUCGAGCGUCGUACAAUGGCAUGUCAUCUUUACCACGUGUGCUCGAGCCGCCUGAUACAAUGUGUUAUCAAGACACUAUGCCUCCACCAUUGAUAAGUGCAGGAGGAGGAGGAGGACCACCGGCAUCUGGGGGUCGACCACGCGCUAAUACCAUCGGAACCAUGCAUGCACUGCCACCCCCGCCACCACAAUUACAUUUAGACCCAUCGACACAUCCACAGCAUCACCUACAGCAUCAUCCACAACAACAACAGCAAUCACAGCAAUUAUUCCAUCGACACAGCUUAAUGGAUAGCAGCAAUUUUAAGAACGAUAGCUUAUUACCAUUACCUGUAAGCAGCGCCAACGCAACAGCAGACCAUCAGCAGCGAUGGGACUGGGUUCUUGGCAAUGGCCGUGUGAUGGAUCUGGAACGAGACGGUGACGAUGGUAGCAUGCGAUCUUCAGCGGCACUAGGAGUAGGAACAGCCUCAGCAACACGUUCACCACAACAGCAGCAGCAUCAACAUCGUCGAAGCAAUAGUAGCAUACAGUUCUCAGAUAUGGGCUUACUUCCACCCGCAGCAUCGUUGAGCAAUGUUGCAAACUUGCAUCGUCGAGUGCGAGGUCAUCCACCAGUAGCGCCUUACAGUAGCAGGCAGGAUUUGGAAUGGGACGGGAUUCCGCCGUCACCAACUGUUGCUAUGCAUCAACAUAACGGAAGAAAAUGGAAUGAAAAGACUGGUUGGACUAUUGCAUAA